GAGUCACCUCGCACCACCGUAUCCCCUCUCGGCCCUGCGCACCCGUCAGCUGCUCUGUCUCUUGCCUUCUGACCUCAGGAUCAGAUGAGCUCUGUUGCCUUCCAUCCCUCGUUAAAGGUUUGGCUUUGAAGCCAGUGUGUGUGGGGGGUGGUAACCGGAAAAAUUCUGUGACAAUUUCAGACAGGAGAUACGAUGGUGGUAAGUUGUCCAGUGCUGGGCAUGGUUGGUUUGUGUUGUCAAUGGUCUCCAAACUGAACACGGAGAGCCCGAGUUGACCUCCACGUGGGAUGCGGCAGGAUGUAUCUUCCCAAACUGUUGCCAGUUGUUGUGAGAACAGCCUAAGAUUUUCGCCCCACCCCCACGGCGCUGUAGAAGCUCCGGCACAUUGUGGUGAGCGAGUGACUGAGGCGGCUCCAUGUCUUUAACUGGUGGGUGAGAUUAAGGUCGGAGGUGGUCCGGAUAUUCUAACAUUUGCUAAUUAAGCAGAGUCUUGAGGGGAGUCACGGUGAGAGCCACCUUUGUGAUCUUUUAUUUUGCAAAUAUGUUUUGAAUUCUCACCGUGAGCCUGGUACGUUGGUGGAACUUAAAACUUUCUUCUACUUUUCUUCUAGAUAGAUGUUAAACUAGCUUAGCCACAAAAUUUUUAAUUCAGAGACCUGAAAGGGACUUAAAUCAACUCGAUUUGCAGGUAAAGGUAGUAUUUUAUUCGUGUAAGAGAUGAGUCCACCGAGGGACACAUUCUGAGUCUGCAGUUGUAAUCAGACAUGACCUCCCCCGCGAGAAGAAUUGUUCCCCUAGAUGGGCUUCUGCUGUGCUUUAUGCAAACUUUUUAUUGCUCGACUGUGACCUCCUCAAGGGCAGGGACUGAGCCUCAUUUAUUUUUAUGUCACUAGUGCUUGCCAUAUGAAGCUCUGUUUUUAACAAAUAAGAGGUAGAAGCAAAGAAAUAGAUUUGUCAUUCCCAAAUAGUCUGUCAAUUUGUGACCAGUUGGUAAACUAGUCUGUUACUAUUCUGAAUUUAGAAACUCGCUUAAUAAAAGCUUAAAGUUGUUUAGAAUCUGAUUACAUUUGUCACAUGAAUUUUUGAAGUUCAGAGAUCUUGAUGAAAUAAUUUACUAACGAAGCACAGGGAUAGAAACCGUGGACUGCAUUAGUUAUAGAGCCCCAAAGGAAAUUAGUAGUAUGGGGAUUUUACUUAGUAUCAACAGAGGAAGGAAGGCAGACAACCAGAGAAUUGAAUUUGAUGUAAGUAUUGUGCCUGGAGGAACCACACAGGCGGGAGAAGCAGCUGUCAUUAGAUAGCUAAGAGUGGUAGAUACAGAAAAGUCCUGUGCAUUUUACUGUUGAAGAAUCUAGAAAGAUAAUUGGGAAAUGUUUUGGGAAUAUAAUGGACAUAAUUAAUUAAAAUGUGUGUUUGUACCCAGGUCUAAAAUAUUAGGACUAAUCUAGAAUUUAUAUUUAUGAUUAGCUAUCAGAUGGGCCUUUUUGUUGUGGGGGCAGAGGGACUUUGACCUGGAUCUAGGACCCAAGUGUGGCAAUAUAAAAAAGGGCAGUUGUGUGCAUGUUCUAGUUGUGAUAAUUUCCUAUACUCUCAUCCCUCUUUACCAUUUUAAUAUAGGAUUGAGGAAAACUUCAUUUUUUUAAUAGCAAUCCUUAUUAUUUGUAUGUACUCUAUGAUGAAACACUUUAAAUCUCUAGACUAAAACUAAUAUACGAUACAAAAUAUGCUUUUUAAAAUAUCACUGAAAGGAUUAGGGUUACGGAAAGCAUUGUGCAGCAGAAAACACUGGAUUGUUUCAUUCCAGCAUUUUAUGAUCUAGACUUGCACCGUCCACUGUCUUGGCCGCUAAUUACAUUUGGCUAAAUUAAAACUUAAAUUAAUUAAAACUUAAUACAAUUAAAAAUUUACUUCCUCAGUCUCAGUAGCCACAGAGUUUGGUUUUAUUUCUAAAUGCCUUUUAGUCAAUAUAUAGGAGAUUUAGAUUAAAGUCAUAGGGCAAGAAAUGUCUUUUGAUUAAUGUUUUCUCUUUCCAGUUGCUACCAAUUUUGUGCUUCCUACAGAUUUUGCUUAGAUGAACAUAUUCUAAGGUAAAAAUGGCAUUGUAAUGAAUACCAAAAAAGUGUUGUAAGCCUUAAAAUACUACUUGUAUUAUGAAUGAAGGUACCUAGUUGACACAGAAAAUACUACCGUUUAAAAAUCAAAGGUCUUGUUAGAGUUGUCUUACCUUUAGAAAUAGCGGUUAGGUGAGAUUUUUUAGAAUUGAGAUGUAGAGCUCAUUUUUACAGGUGAGGGGAUAGGCAUAUAAAGAGAUGAGUAACUUGCCCAGGGUUACACAACCAAAUUGUGGUAGCGUCUGGCCUUAAAUCCAAAGUCAUUUACUAAGAUUUUACCCUGCGUUAGUAAGCAGUGAUAUUAGUAGGACAAUUUUAACCUUGGGUAUUUAAUAACUAUUUUAAUUGAGUUGAGACAGACUUUCCUUCUGAAAAGGUAUGCUUUUCUGUUUGGAAUUCUAGAGUAGUUCAACAGGGUCAGAGGGAUGGGUCAGUGACCUUGGCCUUUGGCUCAGACCCAGCAUCUACCCACCCUGAUGAAAGGUGACUAAGUCAGAGUUGGGGUCACUGCCUAGACCAGCCUUCUAGAGAGAGCUGGAGGUAGAUAUACCCUUAAGGAAAGAUGGCUGCUGACUACUCUCUCCCCUUAGCUGCCAGAAGAUGUGGCCUCAUUAUGCUGACUGUGUUCAGAACCAAGGAGAGUCUGAAGGUUGUAAAACAUUCCUUUAAAGCAAGCAUCAGUAUGCAUGAGCGAGUGAACCGAACGGAAAGACAAUUUCGAUCACUUCCAGCUAAUCAACAGAAACUACUUCCUCAGUUUCUUCUUCACUUGGACAAGAUCCGGAAAUGCAUUGAUCAUAAUCAAGAAAUACUACUGACCAUUGUGAAUGAUUGCAUACAUAUGUUUGAAAAUAAAGAAUAUGGAGAAAAUGGGAAUGGAAAGAUUAUGCCAGCAUCUACAUUUGACAUGGAUAAGUUAAAAUCCACAUUGAAACAGUUUGUGAGAGACUGGUGUGAAAGUGGGAAAGCAGAAAGGGAUGCCUGCUACCAGCCAAUCAUUAAAGAAAUUUUAAAAAAUUUUCCAAAAGAGAGAUGGGAUCCUUCUAAAGUAAAUAUUCUGGUACCUGGUGCUGGACUAGGAAGACUGGCCUGGGAAAUAGCUAUGCUAGGUUAUGCUUGUCAAGGAAAUGAAUGGAGUUUUUUUAUGCUCUUUUCUUCCAACUUUGUACUCAACAGAUGUUCUGAAAUUAAUAAAUAUAAGCUUUACCCCUGGAUCCAUCAGUUUAGCAAUAACAGGAGGUCAGCUGAUCAGAUUCGACCCAUCUUUUUCCCUGAUGUUGACCCCCACAGCCUUCCUCCUGGUUCUAACUUUUCUAUGACAGCAGGAGAUUUUCAGGAGAUAUACUCAGAAUGCAAUACCUGGGACUGUAUUGCUACCUGUUUCUUCAUAGACACAGCUCACAAUGUAAUUGAUUAUAUUGACACAAUAUGGAAAAUCCUCAAGCCAGGUGGAAUUUGGAUAAAUCUAGGUGGAAAAAGAAUCUGUCCUGUCAACAUACACUGUGAAUGAUCUCUCCAUGAUGAAAUACUACUAUGAAUGUGUCUUGUUUGUGGUCCGUAAACCACAAUAAUGGUCUCAAGUGAUAUCACCAGGAAAAGUAUUUAGUAAGAGCAAAUCCUGAAAUAAACAGCCCCAAAUCAACUAUCAAAUGACAGGACACAACCUCAAAUCAGUGGUGCCUUCUUAUUCCUAACAAAGUUUAGAAAUAGUGUCUAUUUUCUUAAUAUGUCUAUCGCUUUUUCAGAAAUAUACUAUGCCAUGCAUAUUUGUACUAUACAAGUAAAAACAGGAAACGUCUUCGAGUUUACUUUUUCCUUGAAGCCCAGAAUUGUCUUUCAGUAGAAAACACUUGAUCUCUAGUGUCUUCAUGAAGUUGUCCAUUCCAAGUCUGCCAUGCAAAUGACUAAUAGUAUUGAGGUUCAUAAUAAUCUCCUUUUUUGUUUUGUAUGCAUUGCACAUGUUAUUUUUAGAAGAGUCUAAGGAUCCUCUCAUAUUCAACAUCUGGAAUUGAGACUUUUAUUCACUUGGACCUAAGCAAUCUAUACAUCAAAUGUGUGUCUAUUCUUUUAUUAUUCAAAUAACUUUUUUCUUAGCUGAACUUAGGGAAGCAUCAAACCUUUCAUUUUUAUGAAAUAUUAAAUUUAAUAGUAUCAUAGGCCAGUAAAAAUGCAUUCAAGUAACCAAGAAAUUAGUAAGUCUUUCGGCCACACUAAACUGAACACUUGAAAGCAUACUCAUCAUGGAUCACUCUGAAAUGUAUGAAGAUCUCAACAAUCUAAGUGAGUCACAAAAACUGUUAUUAAAGGUACUGUUAGGAAACUGGGGAAAUAAGAAUAAAUUCUGCCCAUUUGAAAUGUAUGAUUUCAAACUAUAAAUGAAUACAGUCUGUCAUGAGAUGUUUACAAUAAUGUCUUUUCUUUAGAUUACCUGGCUACAAAAGCAAGCACUUUUUUUCAUUAAAACAACUAUAUACUAGUAAAAAUUAUGAUAGUAUUAAUGUGAAUAUGAAAUUCAGGGAUAAAUUACUGCCCGUGGUCUGUGUCUUCAAUAUUGUAAACAGCCAUUAAUAUAAUUUCAGAUUAACACCAAUUUUGUUCCUGGUAGCUGGGGCUAAAACAGUAUAUGCUGUUUUAAAUUUCUACCUCUAGCAGAUCUUUAUUGGAGGGAGUUUUCCUUUGUAUUUUUUUUAUGUUAUUCUGUUUCCCAUAGCUUGGAAAGUAGAGAUGACAAAUAGAAUGUUUUAACCUUUUCUUGAAGAAAAGGAAGUACGCUUGAAUAUUUUCACAGGUGAUUGAUGGCAUUAAGAGACCUCUGUGGCAAUUUGGAUUAGACUUAAUCUCAAUAAUGUGCUGGUAACAUAAAUGUCAUGUUUUAAGGGAAAACUUACUUGUAAGUCUUUAAACAUUUAUGGUCAUUUGGGUUGGGGGAGUCACUGCACAAUUUGGCAUCUUACUAAUAGAAGCUUUUCUGCAUAUAGUAAGGGAACUCUUGAGCCCUUCAUGCAGUGAAGGGAUUCAUGAAGCUAAUUUGACUUGUCAAUUUAUGGAAGCCUAUAACCUGUUGAAUUUGUUUGGGUUUUUUAAAUGAUUUCUCUUUUUUGUGUCCCUCAGUACUUGGCAGAUGUUCUUUUAGUAGGAAUUCUCAUUUUCUACCACAUGAAUAAACUUGAAAUAAAUUGCUCCCCCAAAUUAUUAUUUUUAAGAAAAAGACUUAAAAGGAACCUAGGUAUUUAAAAAAAUCUACCAAAAGAAAUGCAUGCUGUUUUUGAAUAAUUUAGAAAAGUUUUUUAAUCACUGACUAGUAUUCACUUUUUUAUAACAUGUAUUGAAACAUGGUCUUGUUCUUUUCAGAGGCAAAAACAGGUUGACACUUAUGGGUUGGCUUUAUUAAAAGUUCUGCUAUCAGGUUUUAUUCUUUAAUAAUGUUACUUUUAUUUAUAAAUUACACCUUACAUUUUAGUUAAUUCUGAAAUGUGUUGUUUUUAAUUUCUCCCUCAUAUUAUGAAUACUUUAAAUGUUCUACACAAAUUUGCAUUGCUUUUUUUCCUCUUACAGCUUUUGCAGUUAAUAUAUUCUGAACUUGAAAAUUGUAUUAAUCACUGGAGGAUUUAAUUUUGUAUUUCAUAUGUAUAGUCCUACUAUGGUGUGUAAGCCUUAAAAGUUUCUUACUUUUUUCCUUAAAUUAGCUCUAUACACAAAUGUUUCCAUUCAUUUUCAUAAAGCUGGAGAAGAUACGUCAUUCUGCUUGCUGGGUUUGUUUUUGUUUUUUUCCAUAAUCUGAAGUUGUGCAGGUUAGGGUAUGUUAAUCAAGUGAGCGAGGUGGAUAUGUAAAAUAUAAAAGAGAAGCUGUAUAAAUCACAGUAUAAAAUUAUGAAGUUUUGGAAUUAUAAAAUGCACUGUAUUUAUAUGUAAUUCUCAUUCUAAAAGUUGCCACAAAGGCUGAGUUGGAAGCUUCAUGUCUGCAUGAAAUUUCCUAUAUUUUUAAUGUGUAUGAUGGACUUGAUUUUUCUUGAAUAUUAAAGUCUGCCAAUUGCUAUGAAACAA